AUAAAGCAAUUUCGCCACAGCUAAGGCCUGCAUGUAGUAAACAAAAAGGCCACAGCCAACCUGCACUCACACGCAAGUCGCGUCGUAGUUACCUAAUUUGCAUUAGGCAGCGUGUGGACGUGACCAAAAGAUAAGAAUUAGGCACGCGAGCGCUUACCUGUGACAAGAGAGCAAGCAGAAGGUUCCAAACAUGUCGACCUCACAGCAGCGCCCGCCCCGGCCGCCGCUGUAUCAACCUCUUAGCAUCUCCGGAUGGACGGUAAUGAUCACAGGCGCGAGCUCGGGCUUCGGCGAGGCCAUGGCGUGGCGUUUCGCUGAGGCGGGCUGCAAGCUCGUACUCCUAGCUCGGCGCCAGGACCGAUUGGAGAGCCUGCGCGACCAGCUCAUAUUCACGUACCACGUCCCCGUGCACACCGUCAUCCUGGACGUGCGGAAUGUUGCUGAGGUGGACCUGCUGCCGGGGCAGCUGCCGGAGGAGUUUGCGGAUGUUGACAUCCUGGUCAACAACGCCGGACUGGCGCUGGGGACGUCGUCCGUGCAGGACAACAGCAUCGACGAUGCCGUGACCAUGAUCGAGACGAACGUGACGUCAGUCAUUGCAAUGACAAAGGCGUUUGUGCACGGCAUGAUCGAGCGCAACAAGGGGCACAUCGUCAACAUCAGCUCCAUCGCCGCGACGGAGUCGUACGGAGGCGGCAGUGUGUACUGCGCCACCAAGCACGCGCUGGCGGCCUUCACCACCGCCACCCGCCACGACCUGGUGGGCACGGCCAUCCGCGUCACCAGCAUCAGCCCGGGCGCCGCGCAGACCGAGUUCAGCCUGGUCCGCUUCAAGGGCGACCAGGAGAAGGCGGACGCGGUGUACCGCGGCUUCGACCCACUCACAGCCGAGGACAUCGCAGACAACGUGCUGUACGCCUGCACGCGUCCGGAGCACGUGCAGAUCGCGGACAUCCUGGUGCUGGCAACCAACCAGGCAUCAGCAAAAGGCAUCGCGCGCGUAAAAGAGCAGUAGCGAACAACACGUGGGCGCGAUCAACACGCUCGUGGCUACCGUCUGGGCCCGUGCAUCACCACGAAUGCGAUAUGAUAUGGCUGCCGCUUGCGCUUGCACCAUUUUGUUGAGUGCCUUUUUGCGGCGCAGUAUGACCUUCGCGGGAGUUCGGGACGUGCCACUCUUUCCGGUGGAGAAAGGUGAAGCUGGACCCCGUGAAGUAGAGCGGGGGCAUAGACCGGUGACGAGGGAGAGGUCGGCUGCUGCUGCCGGCUGUGCUUUGCCGUCACCGGGGUUGGAGAGAGCGGUUUUGAAUGGCUGUGAGUGUGCAAGAGGCAGGCAGCCUGCCCGCGCGCAUGCCGGCGACCAGAUGUAUGAGCGGUGACCAGGGAUGGUAUGGUUGGAACGGACUACGGAGGAAGCUGCAAAGCAGCCCGCCGUCCACUUAGACCAUGGAAGUUGGCGUUCACUGAGGUCGAGCCGGGCGGUAGCUGGGGAAGCGG